UAAAGUGUUUGCUACGCACCGAGACACGCGUCCAUUGAUUCUUUCUCGAAUGUUGUAACGUUACCGGUAGCAAAACAUUUUCUGUCUUGUCUGUGUGAUUGUGUGAUUAGUGUUAAAUAUAGAUGACGCAAAAUAAUUAAAUCGCUUUAAGGGUUAAGAUAUGCUGAAAAGUACAUUUUUAAUAAACCGGUAGAGUAACAGCAACCUCUAUCCCAAUGAUAAAGUAUAUUGCGCAAACGUAAACUGGACCAAAGACUAUUUAGCGAGAGCGACUCUUAUAACUAUGGAGCAAUACUUUAUGGCCCUGGCGGCAGUUUUGUCGUUAGUUACUACAGAAGUAACAUCAUUGCAAUGCUACCAGUGCCUAAUCAACCCACCCCCUGGCCAGUAUUACAACACGACAAAACGGCUUUGCAUGCAUUUCGACAAAUCUGAUAAAUUUGUCGUCGACUGUCCUUUCUCUACAAUGUGCAUGAAGCAAGAAUUUCAUCUUGACAUACAAAAUGGAGUAAGAAUCACAGGAGUUCUACGAAAUUGUGCAACCCAGAAACACGACUACCACGACUAUAAGAACGGCACAUGGUCGCCUAAGACGGAAAUAUUAGAGCCUUAUGAAGAGGGAUGCUCUCACACCGACGACAAAGGGGAAAGGACUACUCCAACAAGAUACUGCUACUGUCGGGAGAACCUAUGUAAUUCGUCAACAAACACAAACCACGAGGGAUACACUGACAUCAUGGGAGUCAUAAUGGUGUUUAAUCUAAUGAAAUAUAUAAACAGUCUUAGGUAGUCAAAGACUUCAGUAGGUUUAUUAGGAAUAUUAACAUUUGUAUGUGUACGAAUCAGCUUAAUUAAAUCAUAAAAUAAAUUAUUAUUUAUGAAAAUAAUUAUUAAGAUAUUGGUAUAAUGACAAUGCAGAAGCAUGUAAUGCAACGAUUUUUAAUUACACGAAGGCAUAUUUUUGACGGCGCGCCGGUUUCAACUAUAUUAUUAACUGAAUACUUAAUUUAAUUAAACAAGAGAUGUUAUGUUAGAAAAACUAUUUAGUAAGAAACUAAUAUGAUUUGAGGUUCGACUCGAUCGAGUGUAAUUUUAUAAAUUAUAAUCGAUAUCGCAUAACACCUUCUUCGCGUUAUGCUGUUAGUGACUGCCGGAGCAACGUACAUUCAGUACAUCUGAUGUGUUUUUUUUUGUCAUGCAAUAAGAGCCUUUCAAAGACGCAAAGGCUGAACACAGUCCUCCUCAAUUCAUAAUAAGGGCUUAUUCAAAUCACUUUGAUUCAGUGUGUUUUGGUGGACACAUAAUAUAUAUGUGGCAGAAUUUAGUUUUAGAAUUAAGUUUCCACACGAUGUUUUCCUUCACCGUUGAGAUCGAUAUGAAUUAUUAUAAAUACGAAAUAAGCACGUGACAUUGACAUUCGUUAUGCAAAUGUCAAAUUUACAAUUUAAGUUAGGCUGAGGAUCGUACCCAUAAUAAUUAAGCUUGAGUAAGAAGCGAUUUGUGAUAUGGUGUUAGUCAAUUAUAAUAGUUGGUGGUAGAGACGAUAAAAUGUAAAUAAAUAAUUAUUAUAAUAACGUUCUUUAUUAUACAACACAAAGAUGUAAAAUUUACGAUUUCAAUUACGUAAAAAUAUAUAUGAUGCACAAUAAGGCGGUCUAACAUAGUUGUGUGUAAUAAAUCUACACUAAAAAUGUAUAAUUUAUUUAUUUUUAUUGACAUUCAAUUUUGAGAUUUUAAUAAACACAAAUGAAAAUAUUAUAUUAAAAAAAAAGAAUAGAUUCUGAUGUUUUAUUUAAAUUUGCAAUAUAAUGAAGUGCCAAAUAUAAGUAGUUAUGUAAUGAUUAAGAUAAAUUCCUGUAUGUAU